AGGGUUCGACCCAACCGAACCUCCCGUCUACACAACGCCUCCCGCAUCCCCAGCCCGAACACAAUCAACAUGCGCACUUACCUCGUCGUCGGCGCGAGCAGAGGCAUCGGCCUCGCCCUCGUCGCCGAACUGCUCAAGGACCCGACUACCUUCGUCUUCGCCACCGCACGCGCCCCCAACAGAGCACCGGGCCUGCACGCCCUCGCGUCCCCGCGCCUCUCCAUUCUCGAGCUCGACGUCACCGACGGUACAAGCGUCGAGCGCGCCGCGUCUGCCGCAGCGGCGCUCCUCCCUGCGGGCAGCGGGCUGGACUGUCUGAUCCACAACGCGGCGAUAUCGCUGCACGAGCCUGUCACGCCGUUCGAACAAGUAGACCUCGCCGUCUUCCAAGAAGAAUUUCUCACCAACACCGUCGCGCCCCUCCACGUCGUGCGCGCCUUCCUGCCCCUCCUCCGCCUCCCGCCUCCUCCCUCAUCUGCCUCCUCCAGCCCAGCCUCGGACACUUCGAACCGCCAGGCAACGAAGAUCGUGUUCGUUUCGUCCGAGCUAGGCUCGCUCGGAAGGGCUCCCAUGAUGGCAGACCUGGGCGGGACGUACUCCGUGUGCAAGGCCGGGCUGGGCAUGCUAGCGCGCAAGUGGGGCACGACGCUCAAAGAAGAGGGCAUCUGCACCCUGAUCCUGCACCCAGGUUGGGUCGACACGGGCAUGGGCAACAGCGUCAACGCAUGGAUGUCCAAACACCAGCCCGGGCGCUCCAAGAUGAGUGCCGCCGAAAGUGCGGCGCGGUGUCUGAGGGUGAUCGAGGACGCGAGGAUCGAGGAUGCUGUGGCGUUCUAUGCGUACGACGGCUCGCGGCUGCCUUGGUGACUGUUCCUGCGGCACCACGCAUUGUCUGUCUCACCGACGCGAUUUUAAGACUUGCAAUAUAUCUAUCAGGGAAUGAAC